AGGGAAAGACAGUCACCAAAAACUUCUCAUCUGUGCAGAAGGAUGUGAGGAUUCACUCUGCAGAUUGGCUGAUUCUUCUCAUCAUCCUCAGUCUCCAAAGCUCAACCACCCCAUGCUGCACAGCCUGCCCUGAGUGGCCACCAAAAUCGAUUCUUCUUCUUUUUUUUUUUAUAGCGUGACUUUUACUUUUUUGAACUUUUUUACCCCCCACCCCCAUUUGCAUCGUCUCUUAAUUUAAUUCUAAGGAGUACAGGCCAGUGGAAGGAUCUGUGGUCAAGGCAGGGUUAAGCUGACUCGAAGAUGAUGCUGAGAGGACAGUUUUUGCUGUUCGUGCUAGUUUCUUUGUCCUGUACCGCUCAAGAAAGUAGAGGAGGAUAUGGGAUGAAUAUGUUUUCCAUCCAGACACCACAGCCUGAUCCAUGUUACGAUGAGAACGGGAACCCUAGGAGAUGUAUUCCAGACUUUGUCAACUCAGCUUUUGGCAAGGAAGUAAAAGUGUCAAGCACCUGCGGGAAGAACCCUUCAAGGUAUUGUGUUGUGACAGAAAAAGGGGAGGAUAGGUUCAGGAACUGCCAUUUUUGCAAUGCUUCGGACCCUAAAAAAGCUCAUCCACCCUCCUUUCUAACUGAUCUCAACAACCCCCACAACCUCACCUGCUGGCAAUCGGAGAACUAUAUUCAGUAUCCUCAGAACGUCACCCUGACCUUGUCCUUAGGGAAGAAGUUUGAGGUGACUUACGUGAGUCUUCAGUUCUGUUCUCCAAGACCAGAAUCCAUGGCUAUCUUCAAGUCAAUGGACUAUGGGAAAUCUUGGGUACCAUUUCAGUUCUACUCAACUCAAUGCAGAAAAAUGUACAACAAACCCAAUAAAGCAGUCAUUACGAAGCAGAAUGAACAGGAGGCUAUCUGCACAGAUUCUCAUACAGAUAUGUACCCACUCUCUGGAGGCUUGAUAGCCUUCAGCACCUUGGAUGGUAGACCUUCUGCACAUGACUUUGAUAAUUCCCCAGUCCUUCAAGACUGGGUGACAGCCACGGACAUCAAGGUGGUAUUUAGCCGUCUUCACACUUUUGGGGAUGAGAAUGAAGACGACUCUGAAUUGGCCAGAGACUCUUACUUUUACGCUGUUUCUGACCUUCAAGUUGGGGGUCGAUGUAAGUGCAACGGACAUGCAUCCAGAUGCGUCAAGGACAGAGACGACAACCUGGUGUGCGACUGCAAGCACAACACUGCUGGACCUGAGUGUGACCGUUGCAAACCUUUCCACUACGACAGACCUUGGCAGCGGGCAACAGCACGAGAGGCCAACGAGUGUGUGGCCUGCAACUGUAACCUGCAUGCUCGCCGCUGCCGUUUCAACAUGGAGCUCUUCAAGCUGUCAGGUCGCCGGAGCGGAGGGGUCUGCUUGAACUGCCGGCAUAACACGGCCGGCCGUCACUGCCACUACUGCAAGGAGGGUUACUACCGGGACAUGACCAAGCCCAUCACCCACCGAAAGGCUUGUAAAGCCUGCGACUGCCAUCCGGUUGGUGCGGCCGGCAAAACCUGUAAUCAGACCACAGGGCAAUGUCCUUGCAAAGAUGGUGUGACUGGUAUAACGUGCAAUCGAUGUGCCAAGGGUUACCAGCAGAGCCGCUCGCCCAUUGCCCCCUGCAUAAAGAUACCAGUAGCUCCUCCCACGACGGCGGCGAGCAGCACAGAAGAACCGGGCGACUGUGACACCUACUGCAAGGCGUCCAAAGGAAAGCUGAAGAUCAACAUGAAGAAGUAUUGCAAGAAGGACUACGCGGUUCAGAUCCAUAUCUUAAAGGCAGACAAAGUAGGAGACUGGUGGAAAUUCACAGUCAAUGUCAUCUCGGUCUAUAAACAAGGAACCAAUCGAAUCCGAAGAGGAGACCAGAACCUAUGGAUCCGUUCCAAAGACAUCGCCUGCAAGUGUCCAAAACUCAAGCCUAUGAAGAAGUAUCUGCUCCUGGGCAACGACGAGGACUUACCUGACCAAAAUGGGGUGGUGGCAGACAAGACCAGCUUAGUCAUACAGUGGAGGGACACAUGGGCAAGAAGACUGAGAAAAUUCCAACAGCGAGAAAAGAAAGGAAAGUGCAAGAAAGCCUAGAGGCUUCGAAGAAUGAGGGCCCUCGAAGGAGAAUCCAGAGUUAUGUAGAAGAGUGAGGGAGGACCGUAAUUGCUGCUUGCUGUAGAGUCUGGAGCAGAUAGGUUUAUCGAUUAGGAUUUUAAAAACUUUUUUUUUUCAAUAUUUUCCCAGAAGGCGGCUGGAGACUCGCUUUUCGAAGCUGGUCAUUGAUAGAUGAGGUGGAAAGGACGAGGGAGGGUCACUUAAUUAUGGAACUGAUGCCUUUUGCACCUAAUAUGUAGAGUUGAUUCACAGAUCACGGGACAGAGAGAAGGGACCAGGGACGGGAAGGGGAGGUGGGGGGUGGGGUGAGACUGGGCUUGGGGGAAAGAGUCGUUGCAGAGAGAUUUAUGGCCAUGCAAGCUGUGAAAUUUGCACCUGUUCGGUAUCUCCUACGUUGUGAGUCAUUAAUUGUAAAAACAUUUCUCACGUUCUGAAAAGUCAAAGCCCUCUGGCUUCAUUUCCAUUGACAUGGAAUGGGGAUAGACAACCCCUCCUAGCAGUUUAGUAACCUGUAAAAACACCCCUGAGGGCGGGGAUUAUUUUUGUUUAUAGCCACACUGCAACCAAGCACAGACAAAAGGGUUAACGCGGCGCUAUUCUUGAUAUUUGGUAUUAACGUUCCUGCCACCCCAAUCAUUGUACAUUUUUUAUUUUUUCUUACUCUCCAAUAGGUGCUGACUGCUAGGUAAGAAAAAAACCUAGGAAAAAAAAUUAAUUUGUAAAAAAAAAUCCAAAUCCUAACAUUUUAAAAUAUGUAUAUCGUUGGAAUAACUUGUUUUUUUUUAAAAGAAAAAUCUUUAUGUUGUGUUUUUGUACAUGUUUAAUAACCCCCCAUUACCCAUUCACCCUGUACAUAGCAAUGCAUACAGGAUUGACAGUAUUAGCCGGUCAGGACUGGGGUGGGAGGGGAUUAAAGUCAAUUUGUCAGCAGAGAUUAUUAUAUAUAUACUGAUUUAAGAAAAAUAUAUAUGGAGUUGAAAUAGCUUGUGUUUAGACCCAGAGGUCCAGGACACGUGUUUUUUUUUGUGUUUUUAAUAUGCUCCUUUUUAGAGGGGUUUCAUUAUCUACAUUAAGCCCCCUUGGCACAUGAUUACCAUUAACUGAAAGCUAGUUUUAGUUUUGGGUAACCGGGCCCAACCGUCUUCUCGAGUAAUCAAUGGUGGACCUGGCGCUGGUCACCAUUCUGCUUAUAAAUAUACAAGGAACUGGUGACAUCCAAAAGGACUUGUAUAUCGUUGGUGUCCCCAAAGUAGGGAGCGUGGAAAGAUGUUCCAAAUGGAGAUGUUUUCCUAUUGAUCCCCCCCCUUCAAA